UACACACAAAUGGAGAUAUGUUCACUGCCUGUUCCAACCAAGAACGGAAAGAGCUUAGAUGAAAUUCGUAAAUCUGCGAAAUUUCAUCCAUCUAUAUGGGGCGACUUUUUUCUUAAAUAUAAUUCAGACAACACGAAAUUUACUGACGCUGAACAAGAAGAACUCACAAAGCAUAAAGAAACGGUCAGAAAAUUGCUAGCUCAAACUCCAGACGAUUCAACGUAUAAAUUGGAACUCAUCGAUCUGAUUCAACGCUUGGGAGUGGAAUAUCAUUUCGAAAAAGAAAUUGAGGAAUCCUUGAAAUAUAUUCAUGACAAUUCCAGGCACCAAAUUAGCAAAGACAGCGAUGAUCUCCGCACCGUGGCUCUUCGCUUUCAUCUGCUUAGACAACAAGGUUACAACGUCCCAUGUGAUGUGUUCCAAAAAUUCACUGACAAGGAAGGAAAUUAUGUGGCAUCGUUGGAAAACAAUGUUGAAGGUUUGUUGAACUUAUACGAGGCAGCACAUCUUGGGACACGUGGGGAGGAUAUUUUGGACAGAGCAUUAGAGUUCUGUUCGACUCACCUUCAUGCAUCUGUAUUGCUCAACGAGAUGUCCAAUGUUUAUCUCUCUAAACGUGUUAACGAAGCUCUGGUUGUGAACAUGCCAGUCCGCAAGACUCUCACAAGAUACGGUGCCAGAAAGUUCAUUUCUAUGUACCAAGAAGCCGAGUCGCGUAAUGAGAUACUACUGAAUUUUGCGAAAUUGGAUUUCAAUCGAGUGCUAAUGAUGCACCAGAGAGAGCUGAGUGAUCUCACAAGGUGGUGGAAGAAAUUUGAUGUGGCGAGUAAAAUGCCUUAUGCAAGAGACAGAAUUGUGGAAUUGUUUCUAUGGAUGAUGGGAGUCUUCUUUGAGCCAUGCUAUGCUAAAGCAAGAAGCAUUAUAGUUAGAAGCACAAGUAUAAUUUCAAUGAUUGAUGACACAUAUGAAUAUGCAACCCUAGAUGAGUUACAAGUUCUGACUGAUGCUAUUCAAAGUUGGGAUGUUAAUGAGGCCUUAGAGGAUUCGCCACGAACAUAUCCUACACAUUGCAAAAAUCCAAUCAUGCACUUAUUUAUGUUGGCAAAUGAAACAAAUUAUAGUAUCAACUUACAAACAAGACAGCCUUGA